GAGUGGUGUGUUGAGCUCAGAGCUCUUGCUGGGACACGCAUUCUACUCUCUUGCAACUAUCACUGAAUUGAAGUCUGCACUUUGGAGAAGUGGGCAAACUCAGCGGGAGUUUGCAGCCCUAUUGCCGAGCCUAGGAUCUUUGGGUCUCCUAUUUCAGUCUGUACUGUGACCACAGGAAGUCCCGGGAUGCGACCGAGCUUGCAUAACGCUAGGCGGGAUGCUUCAGGCUGGCGGAGGCGGCUGAGUCCCUGGUGCCCAGCGCCGCCCUCCGCGCCUGGGGCGUGGCUGCCGCCCUUGUAUCAGCUGCUCCAACGCGGGGACGCAGCAGACCGCUCUCAGCUCUGCUCUGGCCACAGUUUCCUGCCCGGGACCCAGACAUGGCGAUGGCAGUAGCGCAGAAGUUCAGCCACCUGCUGUCCAGCCUGUGGCACGUGGGCCAGAAGCCUCUGCAGCCUGAGCCCGUGUUCACAGUGGACCGGGCUGAGGUGCCACCUCUCUUCUGGAAGCCCUAUAUCUAUGCUGGCUACCGGCCGCUGCAUCAGACCUGGUAUUUCUACUUCCGCACACUGUUCCAGCAGCACAACGAGGCUGUGAACGUGUGGACUCACCUGCUGGCGGCCUUGGCACUGCUGCUGCGCCUGGUCAUCUUGGUGGGGAGCGUGGACUUCUGGGAAGACCCGCACGCCCUGCCCCUCUUCAUCAUCGUCCUGGCCUCCUUCACUUACCUCUCCUUCAGUGCCCUGGCGCACCUCCUGCAGGCCAAGUCAGAGUUUUGGCACUACAGCUUCUUCUUCCUGGACUACGUGGGCGUAGCCGUGUACCAGUUUGGCAGUGCCCUGGCACACUUCUACUAUGCCAUCGAGCCUACCUGGCAUGCCCAGGUGCAGGCCAUCUUCCUGCCCACCGCUGCCUUCUUGGCCUGGCUUUCCUGUGCUGGGUCCUGCUACAACAAGUACAGCCAGAAGCCGGGCCUGCUGGGCCGCACUUGCCAGGAGGUGCCCUCGGCGCUGGCCUAUGCGCUGGACAUCAGUCCCGUGGUGCACCGCAUCAUAGUGUCCCCUCUCCCCGCCGAGGAUGACCCCGCUCUUCUUUAUCACAAGUGCCAGGUGGUUUUCUUUCUUCUGGCUGCUGCGUUUUUCUCCACCGUCAUGCCGGAGAGUUGGUUCCCCGGCAGCUGCCACAUCUUUGGGCAGGGACACCAAGUUUUCCAUGUCUUUUUGGUGCUGUGCACGUUGGCCCAGCUAGAGGCAGUGACAUUGGACUAUCAGGCCCGGAGGCCCAUCUAUGAGCCUCUGCAUGCCCGUUGGCCCCACAACUUCUCCGGCCUCUUUCUGCUCACCGUGGGCAGCAGCAUCCUCACUGCCUUGCUCCUCAGCCAGCUAGUGAGGCGCAAACUCCGUCAGAAGACUAAGUGAAAGCAGGGUGGGCGGAGCCGGCAGGGUGAGAGAAGGCGCUAGGGACAAAGGCCUGGACUUGGCUCCAGAUGGGAACAAGGCCUGGUAAAGUUGUUUGUAUCUGGCGGGCCAUGACUCCCUGCCUACAAGCUCAAUGGCCAAGGUGGUGCUAGCCGAUCCUUGGACCUGGGGAUUGGCUGGGAGCUGCACAAUCCCUAGCCAGUUCCCUGCCCUGGGAAGAGAAGAGAUGAGGGAGUGGGUUUUCCUGACUUCCCGCCCUUGCCUCCUAUCAGGGAUAAAGGUUAGGGUUCAGCUUUGGUCAGCACCCUGGUUUGGGGUUUCCAGGUUGUUAGGUGGGGGUUGAGACUGGUCAGGGUCAGAUUUGAGCUGAGAGGGAGUCUGCCACAUUUCACUGGUGGAGGGGAAAUAAACAGGCCAGAAGGGUGGGUAACAUUUUAAUCACUGGGUUCCAGAGUCUACUGCCCAUAACCCUUCAUGACAGCCCCAGCCUUAAGCCUCACAUCUGGCCUGCAUACUCCUUCAAGCUUCUCUCCCAUACUCUCACGAGUGAUUCUGAGUUCUGUCUCCUUAGCUGUUUCCCAGGACUCCAGGCUUUGGCACCUUAAGGAACUGUCAAAGGAAGUUCAGAGGCCAGGCUAAUGAGCACUGCCUGGCUUAUUCAGAACCUCAGGCUGGGGAGAGUGAGUAGGAGUUUGCUGACUGAGUUUAGGGCAUUAGACAAAAGGGGACACCUGUGCCCAGACUCAGAGGUGCAAAGCAGGGAGCUGAGUGGGGCUGGAGGUAAGGCUGGUGUCUGGUCCCUGAUAGGUCCUAGAUGUAAUAAAGUGACUAUGGCAACA